AUGAGUGAGGAAGUUGAGCUUGCCAACGAGGCUGCGCUACAGUUUGGGGUUAAGAAGGGCAUGGAAUCAUCUUUCUGCAGCUUGAGAUUAAUCGGCAAAGGUACUAAAUUAGCGCUUCGAGUUGCUCCAGAUAUUUUUUAUAUGGAGAAAUCUGCUACUAAUAAUAGUGGAGGAGAAAAUUUGAAGAGACAAUAUGAGAAUAAGCAUACUGAUGAGACUAAAUUAGCGCUUCGAGUUGCUCCAGAUAUUUUUUAUAUGGAGAAAUCUGCUACUAAUAAUAGUGGAGGAGAAAAUUUGAAGAGACAAUAUGAGAAUAAGCAUACUGAUGAGACUAAAUUAGCGCUUCGAGUUAAAUGUUUAGCUCAUAACCUAUUAAAAAGAUAUGAGAAUAAGCAUACUGAUGAGACUAAAUUAGCGCUUCGAGUUGCUCCAGAUAUUUUUUAUAUGGAGAAAUCUGCUACUAAUAAUAGUGGAGGAGAAAAUUUGAAGAGACAAUAUGAGAAUAAGCAUACUGAUGAGGUUGUACUUCUGAAAGAGGAGAUAGCACGACAAAGAGUCGAGAAUCAAAAUUUGAAGAAUUUAGUUAAUCAGUUAGCCAACACAUGCGAAACCUCUGAAAGGGCGGAAAUUAAUAGAUUUCAACUCGAUCAAAAUAAAUCCGAAAAAGUCAACGAGGAAGAGGGAUUUAAAGACGUUUCAGACGACUCUGCUAAUGAAGAAAGACUAAAUCAGCAAAAGAGACCAUUAUUGGCUCCAAGAGAUAAUGAGGACACAAAUAAAAUCUCCAUUAAAGAGGAUCACGGAACAACUGGUAUGCAAACAGUCAUAAAUGCUGAAGAGCCUCAUCAAAAAAUCAAGAAAAAAGCUCGAGUGUGCUUUCGGGUUUCCUCAAAAGAAAAUAUGAUAACUGAUGGAUGCCAUUGGAGGAAAUAUGGUCAAAAAAUGGCAAAAGGAAAUCCAUAUCCACGAGCAUACUAUCGUUGUACCAUGGGAACUUCUUGCCCCGUUCAUAAACAGGUACAAAGAUGUCCAGAAGACAAAAGCAUUCUCAUGACAACGUACGAGGGACAACACAACCAUCCGUUACCUACUGUUGCUCAACCCAUGGCUAAUACAAUAUCAUCUGCAAUCUCAAUGCUAUUAACUGGCGAAAACACGUCAAGUUUAUUCGAUCAAUUUCUUACCCCAACCAUAUUGUCACCCAAUGAUGCUCUUCCUGGCCUACCAGGCGUAGCCACAAUCUCAGCAUCGACUCCAUAUCCUACUAUUAUAUUAGACUUCACUAAACAAGUAAACUCGCAAUCGACAACACAAGAUCGUAUGGGGUUGAUGAAAUUUAUGCAACAACUCUUAGGCCAAAGUCCCCAAGGUAAUACUAAUUUGCCUACUGUUGACCUAAUAAGUGUUAUUAAGUUGGCUUUGGAAUCAGAUCCCAAUUUAAUCUCCGUAUUAGCAUCAAGCAUUGCCUCGACAAUUAAGGCACAUUUUGAAGGUAAAAAAGAAGAUAGUAUGGGGGAUAUUAGUGAGAAUGCUAUGGGUGAGAAUUAG